CAUUGCCAGACCCUAAGCUUCCUCUACAUGGCAUUGAUCACGGUCGCCGUCGACUCAGGCCUGGGCCGUCACAUCUCGACGCUCGCAACCCCGCAGGCCCACCGCGCCCUGCUCUUCACCACCAUCGGGUUCGUUCCGGGCAUUCUGUCCUACACGAUGCCCAAAUUUGCCGUCGUGAUCCUCAUCAAAGACCUGCUCCGCCCAUCCCGCCUCCAUGUGAUGGCCCUCUGGGCCCUGGCGGCCGUCAAUGCCGUGUUGACCGUGCUGUGCAUAACCUUCACGUACGUGCAGUGCGAGCCGCCCAGCGCGCUGUGGACGACUGGGAUCGUACCGCGGUGCUGGGACCCCCUCGCCUUGAUCGCGACCAGCAUCGCCAGCGGGGCGACGUCGGCCUUGUUUGACUUUUGGUUUGCGCUGUAUCCGGCUGCGGUGCUGUGGCGGAUGCAGAUCAAUCUCAAAAAGAAAGUCGCGCUGAUCACGGCGUUGGGGCUUGGGGUUUGCGCCGGCAUUGUGGCGGUGUAUAAAUGCACGACCUUUGAGACUUCCAGACCACAGUAUAACGACCUGACCUUCACUUCCGUCAAUAUCGUCAUCUGGACUACCAUUGAAGCCAACGCAGUCAUCAUCUCAGCUUGCAUUCCCAUGCUCAUGCCGUUCGUGGAACUCGUCUUCGGCGAAAACUUCUUGCGUGGUGGCGUCAACGGUCAACUCCCCACCAUCCGCUCGUCUUCGGAACCCGCUGCUUCUUCUGAGAGUAGUGAUGUGGGCAUGAAAGCAAGCGAAAGGCAGAGAGAGGAUUGGAUGCGGCAGGUUCGCGGCACCUGAAACAAACCAAUUCCCGCACGCCCUACUCAGAGUCACCGUAGCCAAGGACGGCGCGACACUCUGGGUCUUCCCUCGAAGCUGCUCACUCACCACCCACCGGGUACCGUUCUCUGUGGUCUGCCCAAUGAACCCGAAGGACGACGACGACGCGGCGCCGAGCUGGCCAGUAAGACCUGAAUCGGUCUGCUUUCGGUAGCAUAAGGCGGGACAGCGUCCACGAGACCGGAGACUUCGCCGGGGUGGCGCCUCCGAGUCUAGGAG